UCUCGAGCCCGCUACAUCUCUGUCACUCAGUAAACAUUGUACUUAUGGCUGGCAAGCCACUCUUCGGUUAAUUAGUAGUGCCCACUCAAAUAUGGUUAAAUUGAUUGUAUAUUAACUCGUGAUCCCGUUAUGCCGUUGCGUUCGCGAGGUACCACAGGGCAUUCAUCCUAGAUUCCGGACAUGGGUACAGGUUUCGGCAAACCAUGCAGAAUAUCUGCAUCAUAGUACUGACGCUGAUACUAACUGGACAUUUAAAAUUCGUUUUCGGAAGUUUAUUUUUAAACGAUAAUCACGCACAAAAUCACUAUAAAUAUCAUCGCGAUGACUUAGCCAACAAAGCUAAAGAACUGUUACAAUCAUUAAACGACGAAAGUUCGGAUAAUUUGUCGGAUUUUUCCAAAAGUGAAACAUCCAACGUUCGUUCAUCAAAUAACGUUUACGACGCGGUGGAAAAUAAACUCGAAUCUAAACCAUCGAACGAUGAAACAUACAAUGACGAUGCUAUCAGAUUAUUGUGGAAUGUUUAUGUUGAUUAUGUAAAUGAAAAAUCCAAAUCAAGACGGGAAAAUUCAGAUAAUGGUCGCAAUUGUGUCACACGUGUAUCCAAGUUAAUCGAUGGAAAACUGGAUCGUCGCGAAUUGUCAAUUCCAGGAUUUGGAGAAUUAUUUUCAGCCGUCAUCUCAUAUAAUCGUCGCAUCCGUUCAGAUUCGCCAAAAUACGAAAAAAGAGCACUGACAAUGUUAUCGCGAUGGAAACCAUUUCGGUUAAAUACGUUAAAUGGUGGAAACGGCAGACACGUUAUUCGAUCUCCUUUCACUUCCAGAUCCGAUCCGAAUUCGUUCAACAGAAUACAAAUUAUGGGAAGGCCGUUUCGUUGGGGUUAAACGGCCAUAAAUUCCGGUCAACGUUACACGAUGUAAAAAAUUGCUUUGUCAAUUUGUGUAUAAUAAUAUAAAAAGGAAAAAAACAACACAAACACACAUAACUUCAAAACUGCGCGCGUUUGAUACAAAAAAACAAUAAGGAACCUUGUAAACAAUGAUUUUUAUGUUAAUUAGUUGGUUAAAUAAAUGGAUUUAUUUUUUUUCAUCA